GCCGUGUUCGGACCGCGUUUGGCCAAAUGUAUAUGAAACGGACUCAUCAUAUUCAUUUCCUUCCUAUUUCUGUCCAGCAGAAAAUGUAAAUAGGUAGCUUUAAAUAUCUGCAGGCUAUGCGAUUUACAGAUUCCUGGCCCCUCCGUUUUGUUUUCUGAAGGCACUGACCCCACAAGACUAUUGAGACCACGGCCAUCUGCCAGGCUGGACCUUGGACCCCUGAGAUCUGACGCCCCCUACUGCUUUCGAGACCUGGAAGAGAGGAAACAUUAGUAAAAGCUUUCAGGUGUGCCGGGAUGGGGAAUCUAAUUAAGGUGCUGACGAGGGACAUAGACAACAAUGCUGGGAAUUUCUUCCUGGAUUUUGAAAACGCCCAGCCCUCCGAGCCGGAGAGGGAACUCUGGGAGCAGGUGAGCGUGGUCCUGAAGGACGGCCGGGAAAUACUCGACGACCUGCAGUCCUACGAUGGAGCGGGGGAGGUGAUACGAGAGGCCAUCCAGCACCCCAGCAAUGAGGGCCUGCAGGAGAAGUCCUGGGGGGCUGUGGUGCCGCUGGUGGGGAUGCUCAAGAAGUUCUACGAGUUCUCCAUGAGGCUAGAGGCGACGCUGCGUGACCUCCUGGCGGUGCUGACCAGCACGCGCUACACCCCCACGCAGCACCUGGAGCGCGAGCAGGCCCUCGCCAAGCAGUUCGCCGAGAUCCUGCACUUCACGCUGCGCUUCGACGAGCUGAAGAUGACCAACCCCGCCAUCCAGAACGACUUCAGCUACUACCGCCGAACCCUGAGCCGAAUGAGGAUCAAGAACGUUCCGGCAGUCGGAGAAAACGAAGUUAACAACGAGCUGGCCAAUCGGAUGUCUCUGUUCUACGCUGAGGCCACGCCCAUGUUGAAAACAUUGAGCGACGCCACAUUAAAGUUUGUGUCGGAGAACAAGGAUUUACCACUAGAGAACACAACAGACUGCUUAAGCACAAUGGCAAGUGUGUGUAAAGUCAUGUUGGAAACACCGGAGUACCGCAGCCGUUUCGCCAGCGAGGAGACGGCGUCCUUCUGCCUGCGCGUGAUGGUGGGCGUCAUCAUCCUGUACGACUACGUCAACCCCGCCGGGGCCUUCGUCAAGUCCUCCAAAAUCGACAUGAAAGGAUGCAUCAAGGUUCUCCGAGACCAGCCCCCCAACAGCGUAGAAGGCCUUCUCAAUGCUCUCAGGUACACAACGAAACAUCUGAACGAUGAGACUACCUCCAAGCAAAUUAAGUCCAUGUUGCAAUAGCACCCACCCCCGAGAGGUGUACUUAAAUUACAAUGAUGUACAGACUGUUUUU